ACUUAUUAACGUCCUCACGUUUUUUCUCCGCGUUUCCAUUGGCGAUUUCUCUGAGAGUAAUUUGUUCCCAAUUGGACAGACUUCUUUACCUUCUGAUUUUCACUCCUGGAUCGAUCGAUCCGUCGGGGGUCGGUCGGUCGCUCAAUCUUUUCUCGUCCAAAGUUGAUAUUUGGGAUUGAGAGAAUGUCAAGUGGAUUUGGGGAAUCUACAAGCAGGCCACCCCAAAGCCCUUCUUGCUCGAACAAUAAUAACAACUGCAGUGAUGCUGGUAAUUUUGAGUGCAAUAUUUGCUUUGACUUGGCCCAAGACCCAAUUGUAACUCUAUGUGGUCACCUCUAUUGCUGGCCUUGCCUUUACAAAUGGCUUCACAUUCACUCGCUUGCCCGAGAAUGCCCCGUUUGUAAGGCUCUUAUUGAGGAGGAGAAGUUGGUACCUUUAUAUGGCCGAGGAAAGAACUCAACCAACCCAAGGUCUAAGUCGGUUCCUGGUGUGGAAAUUCCACACCGUCCAGCUGGGCAGAGACCGGAAACGGCUCAUCCCCGAGAUACAAACCCUUUUGCCCAACAUGGAUUUGGAUUCAUGGGGGGAUGGGGUGGAUUUUCUCCGAUAGCAACUGCAAGGUUGGGGAGCUUCACAUUAUCUGCGGCAAUUGGUGGUCUCCUUCCAUCGAUGUUUAACGUUCAAGUGAAUGGAUUUCCUGAUGCCACAACGUAUGCAGCAGGUGCUGGUUUUCCUCAUGGGUAUUAUAACACGUUUCAUGGGGGCAAUGCACAUGGAUUCCCUCAACACACAAGUCAACAACAGCAGGCUGAUUACUUACUGAAGAUGCUGUUUUUGAUAAUUGGCAUGUGUGUGAUCUUUGCUUUAAUUUGGUCGUGAGGUAAAUUUGCCACCAGCUCUCAAUAUUCCUCAUUUUGUAAAUUAGUAGUGCAUUACAUGUCUAUCUUCUCUUUAUCUCUUUUAUUUUUUUUUCUCUUUGGUGGUUGAGGAAUGCAUAACACAUGCAGAAUGUAACGCAUAACUUCAGCAGGCAUAUAUAAAUCAAUAUUAUUCUGCUUGUCAAUUCUUCAGCUUCUCUUGAUG